CACACUCUCAUUGUUGAAAACCUUCAUACUUCGCAAAGCAGCACCUGCACAGUGGAUUCCUCAGUGUGUGUAAAAUCAGAUUUUCAUACAACUGGCAACUGACCCUUCAUCAAGAAUGCCAGCCCCAGGUUGCUCUGACAACAACCUGUUAUUUGUGUGCGAGUUUCGCCCUGGGCCCAGUUCACCAAAGCCUUCUGGUGACACGGAUUUUAUCGGCAUUGGUCUGGAUAAUGAACCGCAAAUCGUCAUCCUCCCUGCCCAGUGCAGCGUUUACCAGCUGCGGCUGCGCCUCUGCAUGCAGAUGCAGGAGCAGAACUCCCAUCCAGACCCACUGACAAUACUAGACCCUGAGAAAUACCUUCUGCUGUAUGCCAGGGGGGAAGACUGGUAUGAAGCCUAUGAUGACUGUCAGAUUCUCAGGACGUUAGACAUUCCAUGGUCACAUGACCCAUCAGGACUCCUGUUGGCAAGGAUUGCAGUAACGCCACCUCUAGCAGUUGAUGCAGAGGAGAAGCAGAAACAACAGCAGACCCUAACUUACCUGAUUGGUCACGACCUGGACAAAGAAGCGUCCGACAGGCUUGGUGAGCUCACUUUCACCCGCAGGAAACUGGCAUCUCCAAGAAGACAAGAGCUAAAAGAUCGGGAUGACAAGUUUUACACCACAGAGCCUUGGACCACAUCUGCCCCCAUGCCAAUUGACCUGAAGGAUCAGCUAGACAGAGGACUCCCUGUCACCAUCCACUACAUGAACCAGCUCAGCUUCUCUGUAAAGGUUGAUUUUACCACAACACCAGAAGUUCUUCUAAAAGUUUUCAGAAGGGUGAUGGCUGACCGGGGUUUGGAUUGUGAUCCUUCUGAUAACCUCGUUUUGAAAGUGUCAGGGAGGGAGGAGUUUUUAUCUGGAGACUUCCACCUUAGUGAGUUCCUCUGGGUGCGACAGUGCAUGAAAACUAACCAAAACCUCCACCUGUCUGUGGUCUCUGUGGCACAGCUUGCUAAAGAGACUGUCCAGGUCGUGGACUGGCCUCUCGUUGACAGCUUCACCGGCCACUUCAGCUCCCACGAGGAUCUUCGUCUUGAAGGGAAGCAAUUGGACGACAUCUUUAUGAUAUCUUUGUGGGACUGCAAAAGAAGACUGAGAGUCAAGCUCCUUGGCUUCGACAUCCCAAAACUGCCAAGCAAACCCCCUCAGUUGGUCUAUGUGGAGGCUUCUAUACUUUAUGGUGACCAAGUUCUUGCCACAGUCUGCUCCGUCCCCAAGCCCUUCACAGACGAAGUGUUGUGGAAUGAGUGGCUGGAGUUUGAUGUUCUCCUCAGGGAUCUGCCUCGUGGAGCUAAGCUGGGUCUCACAAUUAAUGCCAGCGGUACUGACAGUGCCCAGUCCACCAAAGACUCUAAGUCAUCGUCAUCUGCGCCCAACAAAGUAUCGGAUCAACAGAAAGGGAAGGGGAAGGUGCUCUACUUUGUUAAUCUUCUUCUCAUAGACCACAGGUCUGUCCUCAGCCAGGGUCCUUAUACCCUUCACAUGUGGCCCUGCCUUGAACAGGAGGAAGAGGCCUUCAUCUAUCAGGCAGACAAGCUGUCCUCUGCUACCAACCCUGACAUAGCCGACUCCAUGGCAAUCAGCUUCCUUCUAGACCGCUACAGCUUCCCCGUGGUGCUCCCCAACAGCUUGACCCCAUUUGAAGCUUCCCCAUCCCUGCGAGACUCAGGGCAGUUUACCACUUCACCACGGUGUUCGUUCUCUGAGUCUCCUUGUGAUCCCAGGCAGAAUAUCUCAUCAUCCCCUGUGUCGGCCCUUUCCUCCACCGAGGCAACUGCUUUUUCUCCCACACCACCUUCACUCUCCUCCUCACCCUCUUCAGCCCCAUCUAGUACCAGUUCCACCUAUCUAAGUCCACCCAUGGCUGCCAAAACCUCUCAAGGCCUAUCGAUUGAGACCCCAGCCCUCAGGUCAUCUUCUCCCGUCUUAAACACUGACAGGGUUCACCUUCAAAGAUUCCGCGAGCAGAGUGUCCGCUACGCCUCCAACCUGCCCCACUUCCUGCGCAAUGUUGAUUGGAUGAACCGUGAUGUGGUGGAGGAGGUCCACUGGCUGCUGAGCCACUGGGAUCCUGGGGAGCUGGACCUAUCAGUGGCGCUGGAGCUACUGAGCGUGGAUUUUGCUGAUGAGACAGUGAGAAGACUAGCAGUUCAGAGACUGGAAAGUCUGUCCAAUGAUGAAGUGCUAAAGUAUCUGCUGCAGCUGGUACAGACCCUCAAAGUGGAACCUUACCAUGACAGUUUCCUGGCUCAGUACCUCAUCCGGAGAGCUCUGAGAAGCAAGAGAAUCGGCCACUUCUUCUUCUGGUACGUACGCAGCGAGGUGGCAGGGUGUCUGUAUUUCCGUCAGCGCAUGGCCGUGGUUCUGGAGGCCUAUCUGCUGGGCUGCGGUCAGAACAUGCUGGACGGCUUCACCAAGCAGGUCCAGGCUGUGGAGGCACUGCAGGAGGUCGCCUGUCUGAUAAAGAGGAUGUACCCUAAUAAGACCGACCUCCCCCCGACAGCUGCCCUCAAGCUCCAGGAGGUCCUUCGACACUGUAAUUUGCCCCAAGAAUUCCUGGUGCCCUAUGACCCUCGUAUCAGAGUGGGAAGGAUCCUGCUGGACAGAUGCAAGGUGAUGGCCUCGAAGAAAAAGCCUCUGUGGCUGGAGUUCUGCCCCAUGUCUUCACCCACGGGUGCCUCACCUGUGGGCAUCAUCUUCAAAGAGGGGGACGACCUCAGACAGGACAUGCUGGUCAUUCAGACGCUGGUGGUGAUGGACUCCAUCUGGCAGGAGAAAUCUCUGGACCUUAACCUGGUGCCCUAUGGCUGCAUCUCCACAGGACACAACAUAGGUAUGAUAGAGAUUGUGAGGGAUGCAGCGACCAUCGCCUCAGUCCAGAAGAGCCAGGGGGGAACCAGCGCAGCCUUCAAAAACGAUGCUCUGUUUGAGUGGCUCAAGAGCAAGUGCCCUCUCCAGGAAAUUCACUACAAGGUUGUGGAGAAGUUUGUGAACUCCUGUGCUGGUUACUGCGUGGCCACCUACGUGUUAGGUAUAGGAGACCGCCACAAUGACAACAUCAUGGUCACAGACCAAGGGAACCUGUUCCAUAUCGACUUUGGCCACAUCCUGGGCAACAGGAAGCACUUUCUGGGCAUGAGCAGGGAGCGUGUGCCGUUCGUCCUCACACCCGACUUCCUGCAUGUCAUGGGCAGGGUCAGAGGUCACUCUAGCCUCUACUUCCAACGGUUCAGGGACACUUGCACCCAAGCGUACCUCUCUCUGCGCUCCCACUCCCGUCUGCUGGUCACGCUUUUCUCGCUCAUGCUGCUGACCGGUAUCCCGGAGCUGAGCACUGCAGGGGAUAUACGCUACCUGCGGGAGGCGCUGCAGCAGGAACGCAGUGAGACAGAAGCCAGGGAGCACUUCCUCCAGCAAAUCGAUGAGUGCGAGCGGCUGGGCUGGACCGUACAGACCAACUGGUGGUUCCACAUGGUGGCAGGCAUCAAGUAGACCGUUGGAGCACCUGUCAUUUAUUUUACAUGAUGAACUCCUCUGCCACCUCAGUAGAGCAUGUGAGGGGUUGUAUCUUCAUAUCAGAGCCAAUCUGCUGUUGAAUUUCCUAGAGUGUAAAAUAAAUGCUAAACGAUCCAUUCCUCUCAGUUAGUAAUGUCUCUGUCAAGAAGUUUCUUCAUAGUUAAAACUCUAAUUUCUGCAUUUUAGUCCAAAAACAGCUGAUCAGUUAGACCAUGUGCGUGCAUUGUGAACUAGUCUGCUCUUUGCUUUUGUGAUUCAUAUUCAUGCUGUAUCAGUUUGGCAUAUGUGAAAACUGAUGCCCCAGGAUUGGAAGAUAUUUAAACAUCAAUCCUAAUGGCAUCACUGACACUGAUUGACUCUGCUGAAGACAUUUUGAAUGUUGGAAUGUUAUUUUUUGCAGCUUACUAAAGUUAAAGAUGCAUAUCUGUGAGCCUGAAUACUUCCUUUGAGUUAUAUUUGGUUAAGUUUUGAUGAAAGUAUCUGUCUCUGAGUCACACAACAGUGUGUAAAUGAUCUGUGGUGCAUUUAACCUGUGCUUAGAAGUUAUGAUCAUUGCAAAGUUCAGCACAUUUGGUAUUUCAUGUAAGAAGUCUUAAUGAGAGGCUGCAAUGCCAGCAUGUUUGAAGGUCUUCAGCUCUUCUGCAUCAUGACCACUGAGCCUUCUUUCUCAUGCAUAAUUUAACGGGAAUAUUGUAACACAAAGCUUGCAUCUGAGUUGAAUUUUUUUUGCUGAAAUUUUACUAAUGUUUUGCAUUUAGAGACUACAGUAUAGUAAAAAUGUUUUCGACUUGUGCAUCAAUAUUAUGUUCUUAUUCUGACAUUGAUGAUCGACGAUGCAGACGUCUGUCAGUCCAUCUUGCAAAUGCAUUCAAAGCUUUUACAUAUCGUUGCUGUCCAGUGAAAAGUGUGUAUCUCCAAAAUUGGUGAUUUCAAUGUUUUAACUUGAUUUGAGGAUUUACUUCUACGGAUUCAGAAAAUUCUACAAAGCUUGGGUUUAUUGAGGUUUUAAAUAUUAAUUAGAUAAACUGAAAAAUGUGCGGUUAUCAAUACUUUUUUUUCUUUUUGAGGAUUUGCUGAAAAGCUUACAUUCUGUAUAGAUACAUGGUGUUCACUAGUCAGCAACGGUAUAAUAAAAUGUAUUGCUGAUUAACUAAGGGGCAAAAUAUAAUCAGACAGAGCUUAGAAUAGAGGAAGAAAAACAGACACAGAAAAAUGGAGUGAGAGAAAGUUAAAUACUUUAUAUUCAUACUCU